AUGGAGAGAAACAGAAAGAAGAGAUCUUCGAUGAAGCAAGAACACCACCAACAAUGUGGAGACUCUCCCUGUUCUGAGGAAGUGAAGGCAGGGCCAAACUAUUACCCUCUAAGACCUAGGAGAUUCAUACACGAAGUCAGCCAAAGGUUCGGGAAGGUUCCCAAAGGGUAUGAAGUUUCAUCCGAUGUUAUCAAAAGAGCUAAAGAAAUUGAAGCAAAUCUUGAUCCACAGUUCCCUUGCUUUAAAAAGAUAAUGCUACGAACCCAUCUUGGAAAUGCGUAUUCAUUGAACCUUCCAAUGGCAUUUGUCAGAAAAAAUAUGCCUCCGCAUGAAGCCGUAUGUACCUUAGAGGAUGAGGAUGGUGAGUUAUGGGAAACAAUGUUCUGUUUUGGUGAGAUUCAUUUCUUUCGCGCGGGCUGGAAAGAGUUUGCUGUUGACCACAACUUGCUUGAGGGGGACGCAGUUGUUUUCCAGUUGGUUGCGCCUUGCAAAUUCAAGGCUUUCAUAGUUAGGUCAACUAGGUCAGGAGAAGUGGAUGAGACCCCGAAGCUCUCACAGUCGGACGAAAACAUCAAUGGCAAAGAAUCUGGUAAAAGUCAUUCGCAGUACAUUUCACAGUCAGACGAAAAUAUCAAUGGAAAGGAAUCUGGAGAAGUCCGCGAAGGAAAGGGAAAGGAUUCAAGAGGACAUGAAAAAUCAACUGUAUUUGUUGAUUUACAGAACUUCAACGUAAUCUUCAAAGGCGUCGCCUUGGACAGCAACUUUAAGAUAGAUGUACGCCACGACUACUAUGACCUAUGCCUUUCCCAGAAUUCAUAUCUGCAUGUUGGUCUUCUUGAGGCCAUUAGUGAUUCGUUUGCUGUUGAUAUCAUCUCUGAUACAGUCAAAAUUGCUAAAGCGAUCAAAUCUAGCAAUAUUACUACUCCGAUAAGUAAGUUUAAACUCUGGGAUCAGGCCUUAGAAAGGUUCGAGAAAUUGGGAAUGAAAGUUGGAUUUUUACGUGCUCGUGCAAGCAAACUUAUGGAUCUUGCAGAGCAAGUGAAAGACACUCCAAAUGUAAAGAGGUACAAAGAAGCCCUUAUGCAGUAUGAUAUUGAAGGGGAAGAGAUAAGGACUCUCGAAGCUAAACUCUGGGAAGUCCAACAGGAAAGAGAGAAACUUCAUUCUGAAAUUGAGAUUUUGAAGAAGCAAGUCCUGGGGGAAGGGUCAAAGUUCCUGGAAGAAGCUUAUUAUGCACCUUGGCUACAUAUUCAGAGAAUGAUGAAGAAGAUCAAAGAAGGAGAUAUUGUCCUUGUGGUGCAAAUCAUUUUCUGCCUCCUUGCUUUAUCAAAUGCAAAAGCAGCAACCAGAAUUGGUAUAGUUUAUGGUGGGCAAGGAAACAAUUUGCCAGCUCCAAAUCAAUCUGUUCAACUUCUUCAGAGGAUGAAUGUUGAUGCAGUCAGGCUUCCUGACGCCAAUCAUGAAAUGCUUCAUUCAUUAUCUCGGACGAGGCUUCAUGUGGCAAUCACAGUUGAAAAUGAAUUGAUCCCAGAUAUCGCCUCUAACCAAACAAGAGCAGAUCAAUGGGUGCAAGAAAAUGUCGUCGCAUACUACCCUGAGGCGAUGGUUCGCUACAUAUUUGUUGGAAAUGAAGUGCUGAGCCAAAACAAUACGAGCUUGUGGCAUGAUCUUGUACCAGCCCUGAAAAGAAUUCAUGAUGCAGUUAGGAAUCACAAUAUUGAGAACAUCAAAAUAGCCACUCCCCUGGCAAUGGACAUCUUGGAAACAACAUUUCCGCCAUCAAGAGGGACAUUUAGGUCUGACAUUCCGCAAGAUCAGGUGCUGGUUCCUUUACUGAAAUUCCUGGAUGGCACUAACUCCUUGCUGUUCCUUAAUGUCUUCCCUUAUAAAGCCUGGUCUGCCAACCCGACGAAUUUAAGCCUUGAUCAAGCUCUGUUCAGAGUGGAUCAAAGUUCUGCCUAUCAGGAUCCUGGUAGCAGCUUGAACUACACCAACCUCCUGGAUCAGAUGCUCGAUUCAGUUCUCUAUGCAACGGAAAAGUUAGGCUUCGAAAACAUUGAUCUUGGGAUUUCUGCAACCGGCUGGCCUCAUGCAGGAGACAUUGAUCAGCCUGGUGCAAAUGUAUACAAUGCAGCCACUUACAACCGAAACCUUGCACGAAAACUGAAUUCAAAAGGAUCAGCAGGAACACCAGCAAGACCAAAAGCACUGAUCCCCACAUUCAUAUACUCACUGUUCGAUGAGAAUCAGAAGUUAGGACCAACAACAGAAAGAAGUUGGGGGUUACUACGCCCUAAUGGUUUGCCAACAUACGAAUUAGACCUAACUGGCUCCCGAUCAGACAAGGAGUAUUCAGAGCUUCCAACACCUUUGAAUAACAAUCCCUACAGAGGAAAUCUAUGGUGCAUCGUGGUACCCGGGGUGAACACAUCAUACUUAAGUCAAGCCAUUAUCAACGCUUGCAGCCAGGGAAACGGAACUUGUGAUGCAAUUGCGCCAGGAAAAGAGUGCUACGAACCGGUUUCACUCAUCUCUCAUGCUAGUUAUGCAUUUAGCUCAUAUUGGGCUCAGUUCAGGAGCAGAGGUGGAGCUUGUUAUUUCGAUGGUCUAGCAAUGGAAAGCACCAGAGAUCUCAGCCACGGAUCCUGCAAGUACCCAAGCGUAACUGUCUAG